AUGAAAUGCGAAUGUGCAGCGAAAGGUUGCUCCCUGAAGCUCCUCUCGCCCGACGCCGUGCUGAAGGGCCGCUGCGUGCGCGCCGCCUCAUGGCAGAUUCUGUUGCUAGGAGCUGCCAUCGUUGAGGACGAGAGAGACUCAAAGCGUCAUGAACUGCACUCCGCGUUUUACUUAGGCCUUUCUCAGCGCCACGUCGGGAGUCCCGCAGCGGGAGACCAUGAGUACCGCACUCGGCAGGGGCACGGCCGCUGCGUGAGCACGGCGCCCUACCCCUACGCUAGUCCAGCGAUGGCCUCGCAAAGCUUGCCGUACCCCGGGGCUCUUGCCCGUCAAGCACCGGGCAGCUACUACCGAGGCUACUCACAGAACUACCCGCCCGCCGCCCACUGCAGCCCAAUGUACUCCAUCACUUACCCUGAUUACACCCCCAAAUCCGACCUCAACCAGCAGUACCCCCGCCAAGCCCAGCCCCCUCCGUGCACGGUUCCCCCUCAGCCACAGUACUUGCCUCCGCCGCCCCCCAGCCACGCCAGGUACCGCCACCAGUCGCCCCAGCAGACAGGAACUCCGCGCUCCAGCCUGACGGCGGUGACGCAGCCCACCUAUGUCCACGGCGUUCGCUCGCAGGUCGGGGCCAGCCCUCAUCACCACGCCGCCUUCCCUGCCACGGGGGUCACCACGCCCGCGCUCUCGCCUGUCCCUCGCCCUUCGCACUCCACGUCGCCCACGCCUCCAGUAAACAACAACAACGCCCCGCCCUCUUCUCGCUGCGCGCCCUCCUGCACGUGCCGCCCGUCGCCCCGGGAGUGCAGGGCAUGCGGACCGGGCGGCAACCGAAGCAGCUUUUCCUUGCGAAACUGGGCGUCGCGACCGGCUGCCGGACACGCCACCCGGGUCCCGAGCCGCUCCAGCAGCUUCAGCAACAGGCGAGGCGGCGGGCUAUGCCCUCCACCUCCCGACGACGAUGGGGCCCUCAGCGACACCUACCUUGCGGUGCGGAUCAACGGGCGUCGCCAGGCCGCGCCGGGCUAUCUCUCCGACCGCGAGAACGGAGGGGAAAGGGUGUCUUGGGCGCCGGACGUGAUGCCGGGAUCCCCGCGCUCGCGACAGUCCCGAGUCCGACGCAGCUCAGACUCGACGGUCAGGCCGAGCGAGCAGCGCGGCGGGGGCAUCAGCGGGUAUGAGAGCGAGGGCGAGCAGCCCACCGUGUGGGGCCUGGGCGGGCCUGGCGACCAGCCCCGGGCUUGGGGCCUGAACCUGGGCCGCGCGGGAGGCGUGGAUCCCCAGCACGCUCGCUUCCUCCUUGACCACGGCUUCACCAAGAGCAAGUCGGGAAAGAGUGAAAGGGUGCAGGGUACUUCAUCAGGGUUCUUCGACCACAAGCAAUCAGAAGAGCAGCCAAGUGUCCGGGGCAUCCGCGCAGAAACGAUCAACUUGACCACUUUUAAUUGA